UUUAAUCAACAAUUGUUAACAAUUACUAACUAAGAAUUAAAAAAAAAUAAAUAAAAUCAUGAUGUUUGGGAUUUGUGAUUUGGAAACAUUUUUCAAAGUCAACAUAACCUAAAAAGAAAAAAAAUAUAUAAAAUUAAAUUUCAUUAAAAAAAUACAUGAAAUAAUUAAAAAAAAUUAAAGAAAAAUAGAAAUUAAGUGUUUUGUAACAAAUAAAAUUAAAUCAUAAUCUAAAUAAAAUACUUAAAGCAACAGCUGGUAAUUGGAAUUUUGCUGCAAAUUGGAUUUUAAUAAAACAAAUAUUUUUGAUAAAAUGGAGGAUGAAAAUGACGAUAGAGAUGACACUAAAAGAAGAUCGCGAAAUCUUAGCGAGAAGAAACGUCGAGAUCAAUUCAAUUCAUUGGUCAAUGACUUAAGUGCAUUAAUUUCAACCUCAAGUCGUAAAAUGGACAAAUCAACUGUACUCAAGUCAACAAUAGCAUUUCUAAAACAUCACAAUGAGGCAACGGAUCGUUCAAAAGUUUUUGAAAUACAGCAGGACUGGAAACCCUCAUUUCUAAGCAACGAUGAGUUUACGCAACUAAUGCUGGAGUCAUUGGAUGGUUUUAUUAUAGUUUUCGGUAGUCGUGGUCCCAUAUUUUAUACAUCGGAUAGUAUAACAGCUCAACUGGGAUAUUUACCGUGUGAUCUCAUGAAGAGAACAAUUUUCGAUUUAGCUUACGAAAUGGAUCAUGAAAAUCUCUUAAAUGUUUUUCUAAAUCAUAAACCUGUCAUUGAACCAAUGCAAACCGAUAUCAGUUCACGCAACCAAAUCACAUUCUUCGUGCAUCUGAAACGUGGUGGAAUUGAUGAUCGUAGUAGUGGCAAUACAUAUGAAUUAGUUAAAUUUGUAGGUUAUUUUAGAAAUGAUGCUAAUGUAGAAGGAAGUAUGCAAAAUACUCAAACAGCGUUACCACGUAUUUUACAAAUGAAUGCAGCCAAUGAGAUUGAUAAGAAAUUGAUAUUCGUGGGUACGGGACGUUUACAAAUGCCUCAGUUGAUACGUGAAAUUACGGUAACGGAUCCUACACGCAACGAAUUCACCUCUAAACAUAGUAUGGAAUGGAAAUUUUUAUUUCUGGAUCAUAGAGCACCACCCAUUAUUGGUUAUAUGCCAUUUGAAGUUUUGGGUACCUCAGGUUAUGAUUACUAUCAUUUCGAUGACAUUGAUGAUAUAGUAAAUUGUCACGAGGGUUUAAUGCAGUCUGGUAAAGGUAAAUCAGGUUACUAUCGUUUUCUGACUAAAGGCCAGCAAUGGAUUUGGCUACAAACCGAUUUCUAUAUAUCUUACAAUCAAUUUAAUGCCAAACCCGAUUAUGUUGUCUGUACCCAUAAAGUUGUCAACUAUGCUGAUGUGCUUAAGAAUCAGAAAAAAGACAAACAAAGCCUCUUAACAAACACAAUUUCUGCUGACAAGAUCAAAUCUCCUGCCUCGGUUGUACGUGAUUUAGAAUCUUCCAAUUGUCAUGUAGAAACAUCUGCAACAACACCCGCCACAACUUCAACUCUUACGACCGGCAACAGUAGUAGUGGCUUGUGUAAUAAUGUUAGUUUACUAGGGGAUAUUAUAAGCAAUGAAACAUCGCCCAGCAUGGAUACCUUAUGGACAAAUGCAUCAACACCGACGGGGGCUGGGACUAGUCAUAUUAAUCCUUUGAAAUCGACAUCACGUCCAGCUUCCAGUUAUGGUAAUAUUAGUUCAACUGGUGUUUCGCCAAAUGUCAAAAGAAAACGUUAUCCGUAUCAUUAUAGAGGCAAUGAAUCGGAUUCAACAUCAAUGUCGGCCGAUUCCGGUACGAGUAGGCAUUCAUUAAUGACACACGUAAGUUCGGGUCGCCAAAGACUAUCAUCUAGUGUGCAUCAACAAAAUGUUAACUCAUCAGCAAAUCAACAUCACCACCAUCACCAACAACAUUCCAUGCCAAUGUCAACUCACAAUCAACUUCCACCAGUACUAAACCACCAACAACAGCAUCAACAAACGCAUCACCAUCAGCAAACUCAACAGCAAAUGUCCAUGCAAGUGAAUACAAGCACUGGUCAACAGGGACAACAGAAAAUGCUGCAAAUGCUACCACAACACUCAACGGCAGCUAUGGCAGGAAAUAACUCAUGUCAAUUUUCUCAUCCUCCAUUCCCACUGCGCAAUCCACAAAUUGUGGCACCCACCUUUCUAGAACCACCUCAAUAUUUAACUGCGAUACCAGUGCAACCAGUGAUAGCACCGUUUUCCGUGGCUCCGGUUAUUUCGCCAUUACCGAAUCAAUCCGAUAUGCUGGCAGGACCUGUGAUUAUGACUCCUACCCAGAGUCAAUUACAAGAACAAUUGCAACGUAAACAUGAUGAAUUGCAAAAAUUAAUCAUGCAACAGCAGGACGAAUUGCGUAUAGUGUCCGAACAAUUGUUAUUGGCACGCUACACUCUACUGCAGCCCAUGAUGCCGGUCAAUUACAACACGUCCGUGACGGUGAGCAAUAAUACUCGAAACUAUAAUUACAAUGGUAAUACCGUGCAGCCGCAAUUUAAUCAGUAUGGUUUCGCCAUGAAUGCGGGCGAAAUGCAAAAUCAACAAGAUCAGCAAAUGAUGAUGCAACAACAGCAUAACCUGCAGCAACAAAUGCAUCAAAAUCAUGCUCAACAACAGCAAUCGGCGCAGCAGUUACAGCAAUCUCUAAUGCAACCGCAGCAGGUGAAUCAUCAUGAACAGCAUGUUCAGCCUCAAACAGAGCAAUUGUUAAUGAAUCGUCCAGUGCCCGAUUUAGAUCAAUUUGCCCAAGAAGAGUUCGAUGCUUUCCUUAAUCUCUCGCCUUUACAUAGUAUGGAGGGUUCACAAAGUAAUAUGAAUCCUUUGAAUAAUAUCAAUAACAACAAUAGUAAUCAUUUAAUAAAUCAAAAUGUUACCAACAGCGCGAAUACUAAUAAUCCUAGUGUCAACAAUACCAAUCCCCUGCAAGCAACCCCCUUUAGUGCACAACCCAACAAUAGCGAAGACUCUUUACUUUCCUACAUGCAAAUGGCAGCUGAAGCAAGUCCAGCUCUUAAUUUUCCCAUGGGCAUCAGUGAUGACGGUUCCGAGAGCCAAACUGAAGACACAAAACUUUUACAAAACACCAAUGCAUCACAUCAUCUGCCCGGUGGCACGGGGUCAACACAGUCUACAGUGGCUCAACCACAACAACGUUCACCUUCAUUCUUUCCUCCGCAUAAUUUUCAAAAUCUCACCGUUGCCACACAUAACACUAAUGUAAAUAAUUCAUCAAAUAAUACUUCCACAAGGACAAAUCCUAGUAAUAAUACUGCAAAUUCCUUACCAUCAGAUUUAGAUUCUAUAUUACCGUAUCCCAUAACGCAAGAGCAAUCACAAAAUCUAUUCAAUACAAACAGCACGCAACAUAAUACGGGAAGUAGUCAAUAAUAUUAGGUGAAGUUCGAGGAACUUCUAAAAUAAGAUUACGCUGAUAACAGUAAGAAAUUGUAAUCUAAAUAAGUACUGCUUACGUAUGUAUGACAAUUUCUGAAGAUAGUGUUGAUUGUCUGAAAAGUUUUUAUAAAAAAUUAAUAUUUUUAUUCAAUUUGGAAUCAAUAACCGAAUUGCCUUUGAAGUAUUUAAUGCUCAGAUUCACUUUCUGAAUCGAUUUAGGUAUGUCUGUCCGCCCGUCUCCCUGUCUGUCCAUUUGUGAGUCCAUGUAAUCCUUGUACGCACGCUGCUGAUCACAAUGUUCAAAAUAAUUUGAUGAUUUGGCACUAUCACUUCUUUCGAUGCAAGCAAACUGUAUGUUAAGUGUUUCAGUAUCUCUAUAAACAUUGGUCGAACUUAUUUUGAUAUAAGUCAAAUGAUACUGCCAAUUUUCGUAAUGAUCGGGCUUUAUUAGCCCCCAUAUAUUAAACCCCCUUCUGGAAAUGGAUUGAGAUCAAAAUUCACUCAUAAAUACUAUUAAACUCUGAAUAUGAAACAGGAAAGGCCCAUAUAUAUGCUUGCCACCAUAUAACCCUCCUUUAGAAAAUAUCUUUUUUUUUUGUCAAGAACUGGUUAAAAUAUUUCGGAAUUAGGGUAAGAAUUAUUAGUUUGCAAUCCACAUUUUCUAUAUAAUCACUGGUGUCGGGUUUCAUGGUCGGCCAUGCUGGUAUUAAUAAUGGUUAAUACAAAUGUUAAAUGUGCAGCAAUCGUGAUUAAAUUUGGAGCAAGUUUCAAGUCAAAACAUGGACCUCAGAAUCAAUUUUAAAUAACUUUCAGUUCAAACAUAAAUUUUCCUUAAAAUUUCGAACAAGAAUCCGUUAAAAUAUUGAAAAAAUUAAUCAGAAUAUUUAAUAUCAGACGAUUUCCUUAUCAGAUAUCAGGGAUUUCGGAAAAAUGUUAAUAUAUGAUUUUUUAUUUUUUAAUAAAACAAAUUAUAUCAAGUUUAAAUGUGGGAUUCUAUCAAAAAUAUUCUAAUAUGUAUAUCUCGCCACAAAACUUGCAUUGUCUAAGAUAGAACAAUCCGACAAAUUCUAAACACAUAUGUAAAUAAAUAACUAGAUUUUA